AUGUCUUCUGACAAACACACAUCAGAUGAAGAGUCUAGCAGUGGCUCUGACGCAUCGUCUGAUUCUGGCUCCGGAUAUGGCGCUCCGCUCAUCGAUCUCGAAGCCGAAGAGUCGGGUGCAGAUUCAGAUGAAUCUGAUACCCUUGACUACGCGCCUGACAUAGCAUUUCCGCAAUUCACACAACUACCCCCUGAGUUGAGGCGGCGAAUAUGGGAGGUAUUCUGUCCGGACUUGGUGGCAAAGGCACGCGUUUUGAACUUUAGGGUCGCUCCUAGCUCCGCCCUCACGCACCGGCUUGACGAUUAUUCGCCGCAGGAAUAUUGGUCUCUGGCUGAUCAAACGGAGGAGCUGAGGGCCAUGCUUGCGACGCACCAGGAGUCGAGGAGUAUUGCCGUAAAGGUAUUUCCUGAUGAGCUGCAUAUGGAGGCUGAGAUAGGAGAUUCCGUGAUACGUUUCAACAAGAAGCGGGAUGUGGUCUACUUGCAUGCUUUCGAUGUUUCUGCAAACUUUUAUCAGCCUGGAUUUGAGAGGGAGGUGCUCCAUGCUGCUGUGGCUCUGGCGGAUGGUGAGAUUGUGCCGCAGCACUUGCUUAUAGCCAUGGUGAAAAGGGCACUGCCAAAUUUACAGAGACUCUAUCUCAGCGCGACUUAUGAAGAAUUCCAGCGCCGAAAGAUUCGGUGGUGCGGAACCGACUAUGUCCACAGAUAUGUGGUUCAAACAUAUCAGAAAGAGAUUGGACUGGGUGAAGACGUAGAUGUACUGUACUGCUGGCCAGAUGUUGAUCGACAUCCAGACUUUGCAAAGUACUCCAUACCUAACCUUCGAGAGAUUGACGCAGCGGAUAUUGCGGAGGGGGCAAAAAACACUGGCGUUCACGUACUUCCGAUGGUGGAGUUUGAAUUUGAGACUGGAAUGAAGAGGAUGGAAGAGCUGAGAGCCAUGAAGGAUACCCCAGUGCAGGAUGAAAGCGACGAGGACAGCGACGAAGACGACAGUGACGGGGAUGAAUCGCAACAGGGAACGGACUUGGACGAAUACGAGAGUGAGGGUAUUGACGAUGCAGAUAUCGAGGAGCGAGAGGAGUCAGAAGAUGAAAUUAUUCCCACCAGCGAUGCUGGCCGUUUUUCGAGUCCGGAGAUUUCAGAUGGUGACGAGGUUGAAGAAGUUGCGCCGGUGCAGAGGUCACGGAAGAGGAAGGUUGUUAGUGAUUCGGAGGAAGAUGAGCCGCAAACAAAGAGAGUGCGUUCGCGGGCUGUUGUCGACUCGGAUGACGAUGAGCCGGAAGAUGGCACGGCUGCAUCAGCAGUUGUAGUCAUCUCUGAUGAGGACAAUGAAGAACCACAGAAACGAAGUCGAAGAUCGAGGGCCGUGUCCGAGUCAGAUGAAGAGGAGGAGGAUGUGGAAAUCGUUCAAGUACGAAGUAAAAGGAAGUCAAGGCGGGCAGACACAGAAUCUGAAGACGACGAAAACAGCGAUGACGAAUCUGAGAGUGCUUCAGAUGAAGAUGAACCGCCGAAACGGAUAUCACUCGCCGAGAGAUUAAGGAGGGCGAGAGAGGAGAAUCCCGUGUCUGGGAGUGAGGAAGAUGAUGAUGAGGAAGACGAAGAUGAGGAUGAUGAAGAUGAAGAAGAGGGGGGCUUGCUUGAUAUUAUGGCUGACGAGGACGAUGACGACGAAGACGAAGAUGAAGACGAUGCUGGAUGGUGA